AUGGGGACGUCGUCUUCUUUGAAGAAUGACAUGAACAGCCUAAUAACCGAAAGCCAAUGCUUAAAGCUCCAACCGACCUCUCCCCACCACGAUCACACCACCAAGAAAACUCCAUCUUCCUCCCAUCUCCAACACAUGAUGAUGAUGAAUACUACUACUACCACUACUACUACUCUUACACCUUCUAGCCUUACCUUUCCUACCACCACCACCUCUCUCAAAUAUGAAGAAGAAGAAGAAGAAGAACAGCCACAACAAGAUCAUCAUAUUAUUCAUGCACCAAGGGACAUGGACAUCCAAUCUCCCGACACUAAUUCCUUGUGGGAAUCCUUCUUCUCUGAGCAACUCGACGCUGCUGAUUUCAUGAUCUCCUCUCCACUACUUGCACAACCUUCAAACAACUAUUCCUUCAACCCUCACGCUGCUGCUGCUGCUGCUGCUGCUUCUUUUAAUAAUAAUAACUCUAACAAACCAAAAGGCAUGAGUCCGCUGCAAAGGGUUUUCAGUAACUCCCCUAAUAAUCAGUUCAUGCAAGUCGAGACCAUCUCUUUACCCGCACUUGAAAAUUUCUUGGAUGAUUUCGACGGAGAUGAUCAUGACUUCUUGUCCUACUCUACUACCACUCAUACUGCUUCCGAUCAAUCAUAUGAUUCACUCACCACCAUCCCAGCAUUGUUGGACUGCUUGACCUUGCCCAGCCCCUCUAGGUUUUAUGCUGAUCAUGAUCACCCUACUACUACCACUACUACUACUACAGCUCAAACACAGCUGCAUGGAGAUCAGAUGUAUCACCAAAUGCCACCUGCAAACGCACCUCUCUUGGAACAACUUGAGCAAGAGAGACGACAAGAAAAACAACACCAUAGACAACAUCCACGACCCUCCCCACUACAGCCUCAACCAAUAAUCAGUCAUAACCAUCUCAUGGUGCCUCCGCCAGUUGGUCCCGAGGAGCAUGAUAGUGGACUUCAACUGGUCCACCUUCUCCUAGCCUGUGCAGAAGCAGUGGCCAAAGAGGAUUUCAUGUCAGCAAGAAAAUUUCUUCACCACCUCGACCGUGUCGUCUCCCUACUUGGUGAUUCAAUGCAAAGAGUCGCCUCCUGCUUCACAGAGGCCCUCAAGGCACGUCUUGCCGCUACACUCACCACAAAACCUGCAGCUUCCUCCACCCCAAAACCACCAUUCACUCCUUUCCCUCCUAACGCAAUGGAAAUCCUCAAAAUCUAUCAGAUUGUCUACCAAGCCUGCCCUUACAUCAAGUUUGCUCACUUCACCGCCAACCAAGCCAUCUUUGAGGCAUUUGAGGCUGAAGAACGUGUCCAUGUCAUCGAUCUUGAUAUCCUCCAAGGUUACCAGUGGCCUGCUUUCAUGCAAGCUCUUGCAGCCAGGCCAGGUGGACCGCCAUUUCUCCGGAUCACCGGUAUCGGUUCAUCUCCAGAAUCCGUGAGGGAAACAGGACGGUGCUUGUCAGAGCUAGCCCAGUCUCUCCAUGUUCCAUUUGAGUUCCACCCGGUAGGAGAGCAAUUGGAAGACCUGGAACCACACAUGUUUAACCGACGAGUGGGUGAAGCGCUGGCAGUGAACUCCGUAAACCGGCUUCAGCGAGUCCCAGGUCAUUGCCUUGGAAAUUUAUUAGCAAUGAUCCGAGACCAAGCCCCAAACAUUGUGACCAUCGUGGAGCAAGAAGCAAGCCAUAAUGGGCCUUACUUCUUGGGUCGAUUCUUGGAAGCACUGCACUACUACUCGGCAAUCUUUGACUCGCUGGACGCAACAUUCCCGGCAGACUCCCCCCAGAGGGCGAAAGUAGAACAAUAUAUAUUUGCGCCAGAGAUAAGGAACAUAGUAGCAUGCGAAGGGGCAGAAAGAGUGAUGAGGCAUGAGAGGUUGGAGAAAUGGAGGAAGAUCAUGGAGGGAAAAGGGUUCAAAGGGGUUCCUUUGAGUGAAAACGCAGUGACUCAGUCAAAAAUAUUACUUAGUUUGUACUCUUGUGAUGGUUACAGGUUGACAGAGGAUAGAGGGUGUUUGCUGUUAGGAUGGCAAGACAGAUCCAUUCUUGCUGCUUCAGCAUGGAGGUGCUAG